UUGCUCACUGGCCACGACACUCGUUUCCACGACCCGGUCACGAUCGCACUUGUCGGAAAGUACGUGGAGCUCCAGGACUCAUACCUGUCAGUCAUCAAAUCGUUGGAACACGCUACGAUGCGGUGCAAGAGGAAGCUGGACAUUCGCUGGGUCGACUCGGACCAUCUGGAGCCCAAGUGUCAGAAGACAGACCCUGCAAAGUACCACAACGCUUGGCACGAGGUCGUCAAGGCAUCAGGUAUCCUGGUACCGGGUGGCUUCGGUCAACGUGCCACAGAAGGUAUGAUUUCAGCGGCCACCUGGGCGCGUGAGCAUAAGAAGCCAUAUCUUGGUAUCUGCCUCGGCAUGCAGAUUGCCGUUAUUGAGUACGCUCGUAACGUUUGCGGCAUCAAGGACGCAACCUCCGAGGAAUUCAACGGCGAGGCGCAGAACAAGCUCAUCAUGUUCAUGCCAGAGGUAGAUAAGAGCACCAUGGGCGCAUCCAUGCGUCUCGGUCUCCGUCCCACACUCUUCCAACCAGGCAGCGAGUGGUCUCGUCUCCGCGCUUUGUACGCCGGCAAGGAGGAAAUUCUAGAGCGCCACCGUCACCGAUAUGAGGUCAACCCUGACUACAUUGAGACGCUUGAGAAGGGCGGUCUGAGCUUUGUCGGCAAAGAUGAAGCUGGUGUACGUAUGGAGGUUAUCGAAAUCAAGGACCAUCCCUGGUUCGUUGGUGUCCAGUUCCACCCGGAAUAUCUGUCCCGCGUCCUGGACCCGAGCAGACCCUACUUGGGUUUCGUCGCUGCUAGCGCUGGUAUGCUCGACGAGAUCACUCGCGACUACCAAAGUGGCGUGACGAAUGGACUUGAUGCGGAAGGCAUUGCCAACGGUGUGAGCGGCCUUAAGAUCAACGGCAACCCAAGCUUCUGA